AUGGGCGGCGCAUCCAUCAACCUCGAGAGGUUGAGGUUAGGAAAGCUGAAGAUCGUGAGAAGAAGACUUCUUCAGAGAUAUGAGCACCAGCCGUUCAUCUCCCUUCUGGCCGGCCUCUACAGCUGCCGAUGGAAACGUUAUCAGCGCCAGAAGACAGAGCCUGGGCAAUGGUGCUGCAAGAAGGUGGAGAACGUCUUCUUCCUCCUGCUCAUCGCGACGUUUUGUCUGUCGCUGGUUUUCCUCUAUUUCUGGGGAGAAGCGCAGAACGACUACAAUGAUUUCGACUGGUUCAUCUAUGGAAAUGUGGGCUCCUGGAUCCUCUGGUCCAUAUUAAUCCUCAUAGCCUCGGUGUUCCUGUUUACGUAUGUCGCCAUUUUAGUGGUUUUAGCGGUAUGCCUGCUCUCUGAAGGUCAGCAGUUACACCUGCACUGGAGUCACAAGGUGGGAACCCUGGUGGUCCUGGUGGUCUCGAUAGCCGCUUUGGUGGCUUUGUCUAAAUUAUGGAGCCCGGAAUGGAACACUAUUCUUCUCUCUUUCCAGAUCACUGCAGCCUAUUUACACAUCGGGGCCAUUGCCGUGAUGGUGGUCUUGUCCUGGCCGGUGGCUCUGUACUUUGUCCGGAUGAAUAAAACGGUUUCUCAGGUGCUGAUAAUUACCCCCUUCCUGAUCACUCUGGUGUUUUUGUACCUGAUACCCCUGGGCAUGUACUCGCCCUGCAUCCUGGAGGAGGGGACCCUGCCGCCCAAGCCGUCCCUUAUUGCACACAGAGGAUCGCCCCAGCUGGCACCGGAAAACACACAGAUGUCAUUUGAGAAAGCCGUUGAACUCGGCGCCGACGGCUUGGAGACGGACGUCACCAUCAGCUUUGAUGGAGUGCCGUUUCUGAUGCACGACCGCACUUUGAAGAGAACGACCGAUGUACAAGACGUCUACCCCGACUUGGCCGAGGUCAACGCCGCCACGUUAUCCUGGGACAAGCUUUCGCGGCUCAAUGCCGGCAGCUGGUUCCUGAAGAACAAGCCUUUUUCCAACGUGGCGUCUCUGACACCGGAAGAUCGGAAAAGAGCGUUAAACCAGUCGAUUUACAAACUGAGCGAUUUCCUGGAGCUGGCUCAUUGGAAUAAUAAGAGUGUUGUGUUCGACCUCUACCGGCCCCCAGACGGCCAUCCCUACAGCGAUUCCUGGACUGGCCAGAUCGUGAAGGUCAUCCUCAACGAGACGUCCAUUGAUCCUCGGCUGGUCUGUUGGUUAACCAAUGAUGUGACGUUAGAUGUCCAAUCCAUGUCACCCGAGUUUCAGAAGACCCUGGGGGGCAAGGCACCCGUCAAAAAGCUCGUAGCCAAUCGCGUUGUGAAACUCAACCUUCCGUACAACGAAAUGUCCUCUGACGAUAUCAGGACGUACGCCGCUGCCAAUAUAUCCACCAAUCUGUACGUGGUCAGCGAGCCGUGGCUGUUCUCUUUGGCGUGGUGCUCUGGCGCUUACUCCGUGACCACGAAUGAUGUGCUGGCCCUGAAACGGAUGGAUCGGCCAUUGUUUCUCAUGACUCCGGCAGAAUACCGCGUAAUGUGGAUUCUCACAGAUUCCGUUUCCGCGCUGCUGAUCGCGCUGAUCUUUCUUCUGCAUUGGUGGCGGGAGAGAGGACUCUCAUGUUGCCCCGAAAACAACGGCCUGCUUGAAGAGCUUGACAUGUCGCUGUCAGAAGAAGGAUAUGGCAGAAGUCAACCCACAUCUCCAGCGGUGCAAUGCGACACGAAAAGCCUCGGUUGUGCCGAGACUAAAUGAGGCUACCGACUGGCGACGUCAUAAUGGAUCUCAUAUCGGUGUGGUUGGAUCACAGAUCGCUUGAGGUCAUUUUACACCUUUUGGAAGCAUGGACGCAUUGAGAAGACGUCAUGGAAGGGUGGGACAGUUGGGUGCGGUGGUUCUGGAGUUGUACUUGUUCUCAUCUGUUGGGUUCUCCUACAUCUACACUCCUCCUACUACUACACUUUU